GCACUGUUCUCAUGGCUCUUACCUGUCCAGUUGGCUUGUCAGGGUCUUAAUGUCAGCAGGUAGCGUGACUGUUAAAGAUCUGACACAUCCUAUGUACUUUAAUAACCCGAUGGCAAAUAUUUACCUGAAGAAGCAAGAUUGUUAAAACAAUCAGUCAGCUGACUUGAUGUUUUUGUGCUGUAAGGCUCAGAGAGCUCUCAUUAAGCUCUGACCGUUAGUAGGUACAGUUGAUGACAAUUGUAGGCUGACAACUGUUAAGUCAGACAGUUACCCUACUGGGAAGUCCUCGUGCUCUCUGAAAUAUUGCUCGAGGGAUUGGUGUAUGCUGAAAGCCAGUGUAUAAGACAGACAGCAAAAUGACUGAACCAGCAGCUUGCUGGUGCAGCUUAAGCAGCAGGACUGUGAAUGCGUAGUGGUCAUCAAAAACAUGUUAAGGAAGGAUGGGAAGUGAGAUGACAGAAUGAAAUACUAGUAUUAAAAAUCUACCCUAAGGGUGUAUAAAAAUGGAGCCAUUAGGAGCGUGUUGGGUGAUUGUCCCCUUGCUCCUAGAGAUAGCUCGACGAGAUGGCAGCAGUCUACAGAGCAGUGUGGAAAUAGGUGAGAGCGUACGUGGGGAAGAUGUCUACAUUGUGCAGAGUGGCUGUGGUGAAAUCAAUGACAAUCUGAUGGAGCUCCUUAUCAUGAUAAAUGCCUGUAAGAUUGCCUCAGCCAGCAGAGUGACAGCUGUCAUACCCUGCUUUCCCUAUGCUCGUCAGGACAAAAAGGACAAGAGUCGAGCCCCGAUCUCUGCCAAGCUGGUUGCGAACAUGCUGUCUGUGGCAGGUGCAGAUCACAUAAUCACCAUGGACCUGCAUGCCUCUCAGAUUCAGGGUUUUUUUGAUAUCCCUGUUGAUAACUUGUAUGCUGAGCCUGCCGUACUGAAGUGGAUCAAGGAGAAUAUUGCUGAGUGGAAGAACUGUACCAUUGUUUCACCAGAUGCUGGUGGAGCCAAGAGAGUGACCUCCAUUGCAGAUCGGUUGAAUGUAGACUUUGCCCUCAUUCACAAGGAGCGCAAGAAGGCCAAUGAAGUGGAUCGCAUGGUACUGGUGGGUGAUGUGAAGGACAGAGUGGCCAUUCUGGUCGAUGAUAUGGCAGACACAUGUGGUACCAUCUGUCACGCAGCAGACAAGCUCGUGUCAGCUGGAGCCACCAAAGUUUAUGCUAUCUUAACUCAUGGGAUCUUUUCUGGGCCAGCGAUUUCUCGAAUCAACAAUGCCUGUUUUGAAGCAGUUGUUGUCACAAACACAAUACCCCAGGAGGACAAGAUGAAGCAUUGUCCAAAAAUCCAGGUGAUUGACAUCUCAAUGAUCCUUGCAGAGGCCAUCAGGAGGACUCAUAAUGGGGAGUCUGUCUCCUACCUAUUCAGCCAUGUCCCUUUAUAACAACAGAUGCCAGCUGCUGCUUGUAUGGCUUUUUUAAAACCAAAAGUUGUUCAGCUUGUUAUAAAGUUCAGUAGAAGA